GUGGUCAUAGAACAGGUGGUCAGAGAACAGGUGGUCAUAGAACAGGUGGUCAGAGAACAGGUGGCCAGAGAACAGGUGGUCAGAGAACAGGUGUCAGAGAACAGGUGGUCAGAGAACAGGUGGUCAGAGAACAGGUGGUCAUAGAACAGGUGGUCAGAGAACAGGUGGUCAGAAAAACAAGUGGUCAGAGAACAGGUGGUCAGAGAACAGGUGGUAAUAGAACAGGUGGUCAGAGAACAGGUGGUCAUAGAACAGGUGGUCAUAGACAGGUGGUCAGAGAACAGGUGGACAGAGACACAGGUGUCAGAGAACAGGUUGUCAGAGAACAGGUGGUCAGAGAACAGGUGGCCAGAGAACAGGUGGUCAGAGAACAGGUGGUCAGAGAACAGGUGGUCAGAGAACAGGUGGUCAGAGAACAGGUGGUCAUAGAACAGGUGGUCAGAGAACAGGUGUCAGAGAACAGGUGGUCAGAGAACAGGUGGUCAGAGAACAGGUGGUCAGAGAACAGGUGUCAGAGAACAGGUGGUCAGAGAACAGGUGGUCAGAGAACAGGUGUCAGAGAACAGGUGUCAGAGAACAGGUGGUCAGAGAACAGGUGUCAGAGAACAGGUGUCAGAGAACAGGUGGUCAGAGAACAGGUGUCAGAGAACAGGUGGUCAGAGAACAGGUGGUCAGAGAACAGGUGGUCAGAGAACAGGUGGUCAGAGAACAGGUGGUCAGAGAACAGGUGGUCAGAGACGUAA